GCCCGAGCCGCCGGCGCCGCCGCAGAAGAAACCGCGCGGCCGCCAUACUCGCCCUCUGCCUCUCCGCCGUCACUCGCACUGUCAUUUCCGCGCCGCAGGAGGGCGGGCGGCCGGGAUCCCCCGGCCCCCCACGGAUACCCCCAGCACGGGGCGCUGAGACCCUCGCAUUGCUGCCUAGCCUAGUACAGCGCGCCACGCCGAGGGAUCUCAGGACAGGACGCGACUCCGAAGCUACUGCCUCAGCCACGGCCCAGGAGCCCUCUGUAUCCGAAGCUAUUCGGCGCCCCCAGGCCUCCACCUGCCACUCCCUGACCCCACCCACCGCUCGCCCCCCCGCCUUGGGGCGCAGGACACGGUGUGAAAGGCCAAGCGCUGAGGCAGGCAUCAUGGGUGCUGUGCAGUAGGGCCUGGGUGUCGGGGCUGAGGUGCUCGGGGGCGUGACGGAGGUGGUGGUGGUCGUGUGCAGUGUGCCCACCCCAUUUUCUUGGCGUGCUGCAGGGCAUACUGGUUGGAACUGAAGUGAAUGGAACAGAAACCAAGCCUGCCGGAGUGUGGGUCAGACCCAGAGACUAACCUGCCCCCAGCUGGAAAGCGAAAAAGAAAGAACGGCCAUUGUUCCCUGAAAACCAGCAUGUCAGAGUAUAGUUACCUGGACAAAGAUGAGCAGUGUGUCGUGUGUGGGGACAAGGCAACCGGUUAUCAUUACCGCUGCAUCACUUGUGAGAGCUGCAAGGGUUUCUUUCGUCGCACAAUCCAGAAGAACCUCCAGCCCACCUACUCCUGCAAAUAUGACAGCUGCUGUGUCAUCGACAAGAUCACCCGCAAUCAGUGCCAGCUGUGCCUCUACAACAAGUGCAUUGCCGUGGGCAUGGCCAUGGACUUAGUUCUGGAUGACUCGAAGCGGGUGGCCAAGCGCAAGCUGAUCAAGCAGAACCGGGAGCGGCAGCGGAAGAUGAACCCAUCACUUCAGGAGCGACCAGAGCCCACCCCGGAAGAGUGGGAGCUGAUCCACCUUACAACAGAGGCCCAUCGUAGCACCAAUGUCCAGGGCAGCCAUUGGAAGCAGAGGCGGAAAUUCCCGCCAGAUGACACUGGCCAGUCACCCGUCGUUGCCGUGCCAGACAGAGACAAGAUGGACCUAGAGGCCUUCAGCGAGUUUACCAAGGUCAUCACCCCAGCUAUCACCCGCGUGGUGGACUUUGCAAAAAAACUGCCCAUGUUCUCUGAGCUGCCUUGUGAAGACCAGAUCAUCCUCCUGAAGGGGUGCUGCAUGGAAAUCAUGUCCCUGCGGGCAGCUGCCCGCUAUGACCCCAAGAGCGACACCCUGACACUGAGCGGGGAGAUGGCCGUAAAGCGGGAACAGCUCAAGGAUGGCGGCCUGGGCGAAGUCACCGACGCCAUUUUUGAACUGGGCAAGUCACUCUCCGUCUUUAACCUGGAUGACACAGAAAUGGCUCUGCUUCAGGCUGUGCUGCUAAUGUCAACAGACCGCUCGGGCCUGCUGUGUGUGGACAAAAUCGAGAAAAGUCAGGAGGCCUACCUGCUGGCCUUCCAGCACUACGUCAACCACCGCAAACACAACGUUCCGCACUUCUGGCCCAAGCUGCUGAGGAAGGAGAGAGAAGACCCGAGUUCCAUUCUGUACCAGGGGGCAGCGGCAGAAGGCUGGCCAGGCAGGUCACUGGGCGUCCACCCGGAAGUACAGCCGCUUCUCGGAAUGCAUGUUGUUCGGGGUUCGCAGGUCCGGCAGCUUGAGCAGCAGCUUGGUGAAGCGGGAAGUCUCCCAGGGCCGGUUUUUCAGCAUCAGAGCCCAAAGGGCCCGCAACAGCGUCUCCUGGAGGUGCUCCACCGAAGCGGAAUCCUCCAUGCCCGAGCGGCCUGUGGGGAAGACGACAGCAGUGAGACAGGCUCCUCCAGCUCUUCUGACGAGGAACAGGAAGACUCCAAGGAUCUGGCGGGCCAAGCAGCUGCUCCUUAAGGCCCCCAGGGCCCCUGGGGAAGGAGGAGGAGGAGCAUGAAUCUUCACCCAGGCCUCUGCCCCCAGAGCAGGAAGUACCUGAGAGCUGAGACCAUGGGCUCAGCAGGGCAGGUCACCUCCUAUCCCACAAGGCCACUUGCCCUCUCCUAACAGGCCAAACGUGCUCAGGCUCCCUUGUUUUUGCUCUCUAGUUACCUAGCCUGGGGUGCCCUUCCCCCUUUCUCUGGGUGGCAACUUAUUUGUCCUCUGAGACCCCACUCAAAUGUCACCUUCUUUCCCAGCUCCCUCAAGUGAAAUAGUUUUCUAUGCUUCCAAAGCCCUUGGUUCAUGCGUCUACUGUGACACUUAUCUCACUAUUUUAUAAGUAGUUGGGCAUGAUUCUGUCCCCCAAGCUAGACUGUGUCUUAAUCAUGUCUGUAUCCCCAGUGCACAGGGCCUGGCAUAGAGUAGUUAUUCUAUAAAAGGUGUAUUGAAUUGAAAAAAAAAAAAAAAAAAAAGACUGAGAACAGCUACAAACAUAUUGUAUUAUUCCAUUGAUAAGACAUUCUGGAGUAGGCAAAGUUAUA